AACGGCGACUUCGACCAGAAGGGUUUAAGCGAAAGGGUUUUUCCUUCGCCGUGUUGUUUUGGUUCUUCGUCGCUACGGUACCAUUCUCCAGUCGAAGCCACCGCCGCCACAGGGUUUGAUACCGUUAGCGCAGGCUUGAAUAAACUUUUGUUGCAUUUCAAUCACUUUCUUUGAACUGCUUCAGUUAGGGUUUGUGUUAAUUUCCAUGCUUUAUUGAUUCAUACGAGUUCUUGGAUUGAUGAUUCGUGAAAUUCUUCCCGAGAUAUGAUAUAAAAGAUCGAGCUUAGCGUUCUACACUAGAUGCAUCGGGGCGUUUCCAUAUUUGCUCGUCGGAUUUUUUUGAGUUCCAGAGUUGUCGGAACUAGCAAUGGACUUCUGUUCUCCAAGCUGAAUCCUCUGAACCCUAGUUUCCAUGGAUUUUCAGUGUGUAGGGUGUUUUCAUUUGUUCCGGCGCACCGUCGUACGCCUGGUCCUGAUGAUCCGUCCACCUUGAUGAAGGAAGAUGGAGUCUCUGUUUGUUCCCAGAUGUGGAUUGAGAAUUUUCGGGAACCGGAUAGGAUCAUUUCCAAUUUGACCACGUAUCUUCGGAGGUUUGAAUUAUGGGUUUUGGCGUACCAGAAAGUUUGUGCGGAUGAUAUGGGCGCCUACAUGCCUCGAAAUGCAAUACAAAGGUCAGCACUGGAAGAUUUACUGGCGCUUAGAAAUGCAGUUCUGGAUAGUAAGUUCAAAUGGGGAGCAAGAUUGGAGUUCUUCAUAAAAUCUCCAAAAGAUAAGACGGAUUAUGAAUCGUUGUCAAAGAGGAAGAUAAAGGCUAUCUUGACAACAACGCAGCCUGCUGCAUUUCAAGAUAAAAUUGUUCAAGAGGUUCUGUUUAUGAUUCUGGAACCAAUAUACGAAGCUCGGUUUUCACCCAAGUCGUAUGCAUUUAGGCCUGGGAGGAAUGCACAUACAGUGCUGCGCGUAAUUAGGAGGCAUUUUGCUGGUUAUUUAUGGUAUGUGAAAGGUGAUUUAAGUACAAUUUUAGAUGGCAUGAAGGUAGGGAUGGUGAUAAAUGCUUUGAUGAGAGAUAUAAGAGAUAAAAAGGUGAUUGAUUUAGUUAAAGCUGCUUUGGUUACACCGGUUAUAACGAGCAAUAUCGAUGAAGGGGAAAAGAAGAAGAAGAAGAAAAGGAAGUAUCAGAAGAAGAGAGUAUUAGCUGACGAUGAGCCGAAGCCUGAUCCAUAUUGGUUGGAGACAUUUUUUGGUUUCGCUCCUGAAGAGGCGGUGAAGAAUCCUUCAUGGGGACACUGUGGGAUACUUAGCCCUCUUCUGGCCAAUAUAUGUUUAGAUGAAUUGGACCACUGGAUGGAGGGAAGGAUCAAGGACUUCUAUUCUCCAUCUAAGAGUGAUGUCAUAUGGAAUAGUCCUGAAGGAGAAGCAGAUCAAGGAAAUACAUCUUGGCCAGAAUUUGUACCGACAAGUGGUCCAGACAAGACUCGGAAGAUGGACUACGUUCGGUAUGGAGGUCAUAUUCUGAUUGGUAUUCGAGGACCUAGAGCUGAUGCAGCAACGUUAAGAAAGCAAUUGAUUGAGUUUUGUGAUCAGAAGUAUAUGCUCAAGCUUGACAAUGAGUGCCUUCCCAUUGAACACAUUACCAAGGGUAUCAUGUUUCUAGAUCACGUGCUUUGUCGAAGAGUCGUGUAUCCAACACUUCGGUAUACUGCUACUGGUGGUAAGAUCAUUAGCGAGAAAGGUGUUGGUACUCUCCUUUCGGUCACGGCAAGCCUGAAACAAUGCAUUAAGCAAUUCAGGAGGCUGAACUUUCUAAAGGGUGAUAGGGAUCCUGAUCCACAGCCUUGUUUUAGAAUGUUUCAUGCCACACAAGCUCACACAAAUUCACAAAUGAAUAAGUUUUUGUUAACCAUUGUUGAGUGGUACAGAUAUGCAGACAAUAGGAGGAAAGUGGUAAACUUUUGCUCUUACAUCCUAAGAGGUUCGCUUGCAAAGCUUUAUGCUGCGAAAUACAAACUCCGUUCACGAGCGAAAGUUUACAAGAUUGGGGCUCGGAAUCUCAGCCGCCCAUUGAAAGAGAAAAAAGGGCAAUCGCCUGAGUACCACAAUCUUCUGAGGAUGGGCCUUGCUGAGUCGAUCGAUGGCCUUAAGUUCACCCGGAUGUCUCUUGUCCCUGAGACCGAUUACACCCCGUUACCAAAUAAUUGGAGACCUGAUCAUGAAAAGGCUCUACUUGAGUUUAUAAUGCUCGAAGAUCCUAGAACGCUCGAGGAGCACCGUAGAUGCAUUUCGGAACAGGGUCUUGUCUCACCCCAGGAUUACAUUUCAAUGCUUGUAUGGAAUUACAAGAGGAAUGCAACUAUGGAUCAGACGUCCCUGAUGAACACUAUUGAUCAUCGAAUAUUGGGCUCGAACCUGGACAGUUUCGGUUCCAAAGCCAAAGAAUUGGAAGAGCAUGAUGAAUCAUUUCAAGCGGCUGAAGUAUAAGGUUCUUUUGUUUGGAUAAAUUAUGCUCUUCAUCCUUUCCAGCCAGCUGCAUUAGACUCUGAUCCUUCAAAUGAACAAUCUGUGAUGGGUGGGGGCUGCAAGACGUUGUGUACAAUUUCAAAUCCUCAACGACUUGCACUGCUGUGUUUUGGAGCCUCACCUCAAUGGAGACAACAACCCUGUUGCUGAUCUGAGUCAGAAACUAUGCCAUUGUAUCAGAUAUGACCUAUAUAUUCUCCUGCUUCCUAUGUGGCAAGGGGCAGUCAGCCCAAUUUUGACAUGGAUCAACUUUGUGCUUGGGAUUUUAUGAGGCUAAUUUUGUCAUCUAAUGUAUAUGUGCACUGGCCAUUCAUUUUUCCAAUUGAAAAUCCUACAGAGAUUCUAGUUGCAGUUAUAUCUUUUCUGUUCGAAAGUGGAGGCAAAUGAUUGUCCUGUUGUAUCAGGUACGCCUUCCUCAAAUAAUUCUCAGAUUUUUUUCCUUCAUUUAUUUGCUUAGUUUGAAGCUGAAUUCUUCCUUCUAAUCCCACCAAAAAAAGAGGGAGAAAA